CCAACCAAUAGAGAUGUAGAAAACAGAUCCAACGGCCAAUGGGGAGAGAGGAGGCGGGGCGGAGCUGUAAAAGCGAAGAAGCGGUCCUGAGGAGAAAAGCGAGAAGCAGCAGAGAGGCAAGAUGUCGGAGAGAAAAGUGUUAAAUAAAUACUACCCUCCGGAUUUCGAUCCAUCGAAAAUCCCAAAGCUCAAACUCCCAAAGGACAGGCAAUAUGUGGUCCGGUUGAUGGCCCCUUUCAACAUGAGGUGCAAGACGUGCGGUGAAUACAUCUACAAGGGCAAGAAGUUCAAUGCCCGGAAGGAGACGGUUCAAAACGAGUCGUACCUGGGGCUCCCCAUCUUCCGUUUUUACAUCAAAUGCACCCGCUGCCUUGCAGAGAUCACUUUCAAAACAGACCCCGAGAACACGGACUACGCCAUGGAGCACGGGGCCACCCGGAACUUCCAGGCCGAGAAGCUGCUGGAAGAGGAAGAGAAGCGCUUGCAGAAAGAGCGAGAAGACGAAGAGCUGAACAAUCCCAUGAAGGUUUUGGAGAACAGGACCAAGGACUCCAAGCUGGAGAUGGAAGUCCUGGAGAACCUUCAGGAGCUGAAGGAGCUCAACCAGCGCCAGGCCGAUGUGGACUUUGAAGCCAUGCUGCAGCAGUACAAGGACAGCGAAGAGCGGCGGAAACAGUGGGAGGCCGAGGAGGACGAGCUGGAAAUGAAAGAGAUGUUGGAGCAAGCGCAGAGCAGGCGGUUGCUGGAAGACUCCGAUUCGGACGAGGACCGGGCUCUGGCGCCUGCGAAACCUCUGACAAAAGCAAAGCCAACAGAUAUCCUACAGGAGAACCCUGAGCCUCCAGCGAAGAGGCAGAAGGUGGAAAGCUGGGAGAGGAGUGUGGGCAACCUGACCCACAAAGCCCAGCUUUCGGGAAUGGUGGCCCCAAAGAGGAAGACAAACGGACCCGCAAGCCAGGGUGCAUCCUCAGGACACGGGAACGGAGCAACCGUGGCGUCUUCCGGUCCUUCGUCUCUCAGCCUCUUGGGCGCCUAUUCCGACAGCGACGACAGCCAAAGCGAGUGAUCGCCUCUGGAUUGUGGAUGUUAUUUUCCACAUUACAUUUCCACGAGCAACAACCCUCCUCAGAUGUCCAAGUGGUGGUCCACCAUGUCGUUUCAAGGUUCACAGAAAUCCAGACAUGAACACUGAUAGCUCUUUGCGGUGUGUACAUGUGAUAAUAAUAACCCAUUUAUUUUGAGGCUCAGGAGCAAAUCUGGACCCUCGAUGCAAUGCGGGUGACCAUCCUUGUCAAGAAGGGAUCGAUUUUUGUCCUCUUACCCCUCUGCUCUGCCUCUCUUGUGCUUCUUAUAGACUUCCUUUCUUUCCCGUGGGUCUCUGGAUAAGGAUAAGAAGUGCAACCGCUGGAUAUCUUCCGUCCGACGUGAGGGCCUAAGGCAUUCAGUAUGGGAACGGUCUAGAUGCUCACAUGCUUCUUCUGCAAGUGUUUGGACCCCAGGAAUCGUUGCCGUCGCUUUGGGCCCCCAAAUAACCCUUUUGUAGCAUUCUUUGGCAAAAACAAGUGUAUAAUAUGGAAAUUAUUUAUUAAACAUAACCGUUUAGGGUUGUA